AUGAAAAUUUUAAGGAAAAGAAUUAACAAACUCAAAGAAUGAAUCAAAUUUUGCUAUUCUCAGAAAAAUAAUGAAUUUAUUGAAAGAAUACGGAAAGUAAAGAAAAUAUGCAUUGAUCAGUUAAAAAGACUAGAUAGAUAUGAAAUAAUAAGUGAAAAUAGAUUAAAACAAUGCAUAAAUGAUCCCUAUGGAGCUUGAAACAAAAUAAAAAGAUUAUUGAAUAAAAACAAACUGGUCUUACCAAUGAAUGCAUUUGAGAUUCAAUCUUGAACAAAAGAAUUUGAAGAUCAAUUUAGGAGUACGAUAUCUUUUAUUCCACAAGCAGGUUGUCUAGAAGAUGAACUUUGAAACUCAAAAAAGAUUGAGAAUAUUAUUAAAUCUUUGCCUAACAGAAAAGCUCCUGGACCAGAUAAUAUAACGAAUGAAAUAAUAAAAAAAGGAGGAGAUAUAAUGGUAGAAGCAAUAACACAUUUUUUAAAUACUUGCAGAAUUUAUGGUAUACCGGAUGUUGCAAAUGAAGCUAAGACUAUUCUUAUAUAUAAAGGUAAAGGAAAUCAUAAAGAACUGAAGAAUCACAGACCUAUAACAUUAAUGAACAGUUUUAUGAAGAUUCUUGACAAGGCUGAACUAAGAAAAAUUGAAAACAACGUUAAGAUCUCAGAUAGACAACAUGGGUUUAGAAAAGGAAAAUCAUGCAUAACACAAAGUUUCUUACUGAAAAAUACCUUAGGACUUCAACAAUAA